AUGGAUAUUCGCAGGCUAGACGCCCAGAACUGGCUUACAUUGGACAAAAACUACAUUGACGAGCAUCGAGUGAGAGAUCGAUUACUCCGUGAGAAACGAGACCAAGUGCUGCAAUGCCUGCCUGAGUCAGGCGAGGCUUGCCAAGAAACGCUGGAGGAGGUAUCGGAAUUUCUUUGUCAAAGAUUCCCAAGCAUGUUUCAUCGGAUAGUUCAAGGCAAAGAAUCAUGGAUUGAGAAUCGAGCAACGAAAGAAAAAUUCAAGAUUACGAGCCAGACAAAAGCUGGUGAUAUGACAGAUGUGCUGGAGGCGGCCGUUAGACUUACAAUGGAGGACCUUAGUGUCUUAAUGAUGAAUGAGGAUGGAGAAUAUUAUCUGGCGGCCAGCGCAAGUCUGUUCCCAACGGGAUGGACUGUGAAGGACCGAAUUGGAUGGACCAUUUCUCAAUUACAUGGCCCUGUUCCACUUUGGCACCAGCAGAUAUCCAACUCUGUUAGCAAAUUUCUUGCGCGCUUGACGCCAGCAUCGUCAAUGGAAAGAUCUAACUACUUUGUUGAGAUUAAGCGGCCAAAUGAGGAUCUGCUCGAAAUACUAUAUCGACCAGGCUCUCUUUGUGAAAAGGAACUCAGUAAUCCCACUCCGGACGAGAUAAUCAUUCGUCGUGAGCGCCAAACAUUCCGUCGCCUGCCCAGAACAGGUGCAAUUGUUUUCGGAGUGAAAACCUAUUUGACCCCCAUUAGCCAGCUUCCGAUGCAAGAGUUUGAGAAUUUGGCUAUGGAAAUGAAAACUUGGCCUGAACAUGUCGGAGAGUAUAAAGGCAAGAAUGUAUGGGGAAAGAAAGUACUGGAAUACUAUGAUAUUCGAGUUAAGGAAGCCUCUCAAUGCGACCCUUCGGAGAAGGUAGAGGUAUGA